AUGACUACAAAAAAGCGCAAGUCUGAAACAUUAAUAAAAACCGAUGAUGAUGCAAAAAAGUCGAAACGCAGUCAAAUAAAAACUCGUAUCAUGGAAUCGGCUGACUUCUUAACAUCAGCCAAAACAUACAAAUUGAUCAUUUCUGAUGGAAAAGGAAAAGAAGUGACUUCAUUCGAAUGUAUACCGAAAGAAUUCUCUACCGGUAGUUUUGGUUGGGCGACUAAUGGGAAAAAGUUUUCAACAAGUAUUGGCGGAACUGAAGUCAAAGUACAAAUAAAUUGUAAUUUGAUUGUUGAUGAUAGUAAACCUGUGAAGAAUACAACUCAGCCUUCGAAAAAAGUAAACAAACAAGAACUAUCGUCAGAUACAGAAUAA